AUGGCGGGCACGAUCAGUGUCGGCGUGAUAGGCGCAACUGGCAACACCGGCCAAUCUGUUGUUGAUGGUUUGCUUUCUUCCCAGACAAAUUUCACUAUCACAUCUUUCACUCGAACUUCUUCCAUUGAUAGUCCUACAAACCAGAAAUUCAAAGCCAAGGGUGUUCAGGUUAUUGGCUACGAUCUGAGCGAUCCUCGCGAAGCUCUAGUGAAUCAACUGAAGAGCAUCGAUGUCCUGAUCUCCUGUAUCACUUGGGAACAUCUAGAACAGCAGAUGUCAUGGAUUGAAGCCGCUAAGGAGGCUGGCGUCAAGCGAUUCGUGCCUUCAGAGUGGGUCAGUCCAGCACCACGGGGCGUCAUCAACAUCAAGGAUAAGAAACUCGACAUUCUCGGUGUCAUUCAACGGGCGCGCUUGCCGUAUACCAUCAUUGAUGUGGGCUGCUGGUAUCAAGUUUUUGUACCAAAAGUCCCUUCUGGAGGGUCAGAUGGCGAACAUUCAAUCUAUAUUGAUCACCGAAUCGUUGAAGACGGAAACCAAAAGUUUGCCCUAAUGGAUAGGGAUGAUAUUGGGAAGUACGUUUCUCAGAUUGUGGCGGACCCUCGGACGUUGAACAAGCGCGUGUUCGCGUAUACCGAAGUUCUGAGUAUGAACGAGAUCUGGGAGGUCAUGGCUCUUGCUAGCGGAGAAACACCCCCGAAAGACUACGUAUCCGGUGAAGAGAUCAAGGAGAUUAUAGAGACAUCUCAGAAGAAGCUCCAAGGAAGUUCCGAGAGUGCCCACCAUCCAAGCAACAUUAUGGAUACUGCUAGUUUCAACAUGGGGCAGUACCGCAUCUCCUGGUGCAUUCGGGGAGAUAAUACUCCAGAAUACGCGGAGUAUCUUGGGUACGAGGAUUUCGGGAACCUGUAUCCAGACUUUCCGCAAGGCAGGAGUCUCAAAGCAUUCUAUGAUCAAGUUCUGAAGGGACCUGUCAGAUAA